AGGCAGGACUUCGCCGAGUGGUGACGUUUCCUCAUUGGGCGGAAGGUUCGGUGGCAGUCGUCGGUCUUCCAGCUGGUGGGAGUUGGCGUCGCGGUGCUGGGCGCUGGGCCCCUAGUUUAUAUAGUUCGGGAAGUCAGGUUGUGGGGCCGUUCCUGUGUGUGUACCCCUGGCUUUCCUGGUUUUCCUCGCACGGCGUGGGGCCUCUCGAUAGACUCCCUGGCCCCUUAGGGCCACGGCGUUAUUGGUGCCUUUUGCGAGAAAUAAGCACAUCUUAAAGCCUUCAAGAUGGUACUUGCAGACCUUGGAAGAAAAAUAACAUCAGCAUUACGCUCAUUGAGCAAUGCUACCAUUAUCAAUGAAGAGGUGUUAAAUGCUAUGCUAAAGGAAGUAUGUACAGCAUUAUUGGAAGCAGAUGUUAAUAUUAAAUUAGUGAAGCAACUGAGAGAAAAUGUUAAGUCUGCUAUUGAUCUUGAAGAAAUGGCAUCAGGUCUUAACAAAAGAAAAAUGAUUCAGCAUGCUGUAUUUAAAGAACUUGUGAAGCUUGUAGACCCUGGAGUUAAAGCAUGGACACCCACCAAAGGAAAACAGAAUGUGAUUAUGUUUGUUGGAUUGCAGGGGAGUGGCAAAACAACAACAUGUUCAAAGUUAGCAUAUUAUUACCAGAGGAAAGGUUGGAAGACCUGUUUGAUAUGUGCAGACACAUUCAGAGCAGGGGCUUUUGACCAACUCAAACAGAAUGCUACCAAAGCAAGGAUUCCAUUCUAUGGAAGCUAUACAGAAAUGGAUCCUGUUAUCAUUGCUUCAGAAGGAGUAGAAAAAUUCAAAAAUGAAAAUUUUGAGAUUAUUAUUGUUGACACAAGUGGACGCCACAAACAAGAAGACUCUCUGUUCGAAGAAAUGCUUCAAGUUGCUAAUGCUAUACAACCUGAUAACAUUGUUUAUGUGAUGGAUGCUUCCAUUGGGCAGGCUUGUGAAGCCCAGGCUAAGGCUUUUAAAGAUAAAGUAGAUGUGGCUUCAGUAAUAGUAACAAAACUUGAUGGUCAUGCAAAAGGAGGUGGUGCGCUCAGUGCAGUUGCUGCCACAAAAAGUCCAAUUAUUUUCAUUGGUACAGGGGAACAUAUAGAUGACUUUGAACCUUUCAAAACACAGCCCUUCAUCAGCAAACUUCUUGGUAUGGGUGACAUUGAAGGACUGAUAGAUAAAGUCAAUGAGUUGAAGUUGGAUGACAAUGAAGCACUUAUAGAGAAGUUGAAACAUGGUCAGUUUACAUUAAGAGACAUGUAUGAACAAUUUCAAAAUAUCAUGAAAAUGGGCCCCUUCAGUCAGAUCUUGGGGAUGAUCCCAGGUUUUGGAACAGAUUUUAUGAGCAAAGGAAAUGAACAGGAGUCAAUGGCAAGGCUAAAGAAGUUAAUGACAAUAAUGGAUAGUAUGAAUGAUCAAGAACUGGACAGUACAGAUGGUGCCAAGGUUUUUAGCAAGCAGCCGGGAAGAAUCCAAAGAGUUGCAAGAGGAUCAGGUGUGUCAACGAGAGAUGUUCAAGAACUUUUGACGCAAUAUACCAAGUUUGCACAGAUGGUUAAAAAAAUGGGUGGUAUCAAAGGACUUUUCAAAGGCGGUGACAUGUCUAAAAAUGUGAGCCAGUCACAGAUGGCAAAAUUGAAUCAACAAAUGGCCAAGAUGAUGGAUCCAAGAGUUCUUCAUCACAUGGUGUGUGACUUUCUUGGAGAGAAGAUUGCAUCUGUCUUGGGCAUCAGCACUCCAAAAUACCAGUAUGCCAUUGAUGAGUAUUACCGGAUGAAGAAGGAGGAAGAAGAAGAAGAAGAAGAAAAUAAGAUGUCUGAAGAAGCAGAAAGACAAUACCAACAAAAUAAACUGCAGGCUGACCCCAUUAUUCAGACAGAUCAACCAGAAACAGCGGUAUCCAGUUCAUUUGUGAACCUCAAUUUUGAAAUGGAGGAAGACUGUGAAAUAAUUACAGAAAGAAAACAAAAUCCAGUUUCUGUCCCACCAUAGAAUGAAAUGACCAUCACACUUUAAGCCCUGAGGUUUUGUGUGUGUGCGUGUGUGUUUUUUUAAAUAUAUAUCAGGAGCCUUCACAUUCUCUAUUCAGUGGGACUUAAUACAAUUAUUUAUAUUUUGAAUUAUCUGAAAAGAAAAAAUGUUUCAUCAUUCUUAGGCUUUAUCAAGCAAAAAUCACAUCUGAAAUCAGGAUAUUUGUACUAUACUUUUACCAUGUGUUGAAUUAGUGCUUUGGUUUUUAAAUGAUCUAUAAAAAAAUGCUAAGGAUGUUCUAGAGCCCUAAUCUCUAAUUAAGAAGAGUAGUUAUCAAGCCUGUCUGUUACUUGUGCACUUUAAAAUAAUGAAAGAAAAGGUAAAUGGGCAGAUGAAGGCCAGUUAAAGGUGAGAAUAUUGCAGUCUCAGAUUAAAAUGAGGAUUUCCCUCCUAGAUUUUAUCAUGUUAUGCUUUGUGUUUCUGUAUCUGUUAAUUCUGCUCUAAGGAUGGCUCAUUGAGUGUGUAAUAAAAGGAGUAAGAUGGAAGCACUUUGAAUUUUCUUUCACUGAGAAUAACUAUUUUAUGGAAAAGUAUUUUGAGUUUGAUUUUCCAUUUUUAAAUGCAAGUUACUUAAUCUUAUAUUAUUUUUCAAUAGUAUUCAAAUUAAAUAACUAGCUUUGACUAUGUUUUAAAAAACACUAGUUAUGGAAUGGAUUUAUUAAUGUAUUUGUAUUCGGGUCAUAAUACCUAGUGAUUAUGCUCAUGGUUAUCUUCUUUGUAUCACUCAUUCAGCCCUUAAUGCCUCCUGUAGGAAAAGUGGUUGGGAGGAGACUGGGGGUCAGAUGUAGACUUAACCCAUUAGGAGAUGUUAAAUACUGUACAAAGUGCAACAGCAGCAUGAUGAAGCCAGUUACCUGUCAUUCACUUUUCUGAAGUAGCAACAGUAAGGUGGAGAAUUUACUAGAACCAGAUUGGUCAUUUUUCUACCUAUUGGGUUAUUUGUAAACUUUACAAAGUUAUACGACAUGAAGCUAAAUUUGAAAAUACUACUAGGUAUGUGUGUAGAACCUUACAAGGAGUCUUAGACUUUGGUUUGUAACUAAAUGUAUGAAAGGAAGAAUGUGUGAAAUAUUUGAGAAUUGUUGAUCUUAAAAGUCCUUUCACAAACUUGAGCUUAUAGACAUUAAUGGUUUUGUUAGUAGCUUUCUAAACAACUUUAAGCUUUUAAUCUUAAAUAUACCUAUAAGAUAUAUAAAAUAUGGCUUCAAACUCUCAGUACAGGUACAGUGCACCUAUUAUGGAAAUCUGUUGUCAGUGAACUUGAAUUGAAACUUAGGUGAAGAACUUCCAAGUUCAUUGGCUAAAGUUUGAAGAAUUUAGGAAGGAUAAUUAAACUCUUCAAUAGGAAUCUCCAGUUACAUGAACUCAUGGUAUGACUGUUCACGGUGUGAUAGUGUAAUCUUUCUAUUCACGGGUAUAAAUUAUAUAAUUUAAUGAUAAAAGGAUAAAACUUCAGAUGACACCAUGUAGUUUAUCAGUAGCUCUAAAACAUGCUAACCUGACUUUUUUUUUCCCUCCAGUGUUUUUUUAACUUCAUUUCAUAUAGUACCUCCAACUUAUAUUUAUUUGGUUAUCAAGGACAAGCAAGUAUGUCUGAAGAUGAUCUUCUAAUUCUCACCCAGAGUUGGCCUAGAAACCUUGAUUGUAGAAGUAGAACAUAGUGACUUAGAGAAGGUUUUAUGUUUCUUGACUUUUACUUUCACUACUAGUCUAACAGCAGCCAGUCUGUAAGGUUUAUAGUUAUUCACUGUGCCUUAAACUUUUAUACUUUUUUGUUUAUGCAAACUAUAAUAUUUCCCAUAAAUACAUUAAAUGGUUUGUCUUAUUUUAA